AUGGCUCCUCUUAUCUUGCAUAACGUCCCCGAUGACGAGUGCUAUAUUGGUGAAGAUGGCGUCAAGAGACCGUACGCCAUGGUCUUCAGCCAACAAGAUGGACCUACCGGUGGAAGCACCCGAGCACGACGCGCCGCAGCCGAAACCGGGUCGUUUGGCAAGUCGACACGGCGGUCACGAUCGCGCACCGGCACACCAGCCCGCGGAAGAGAGAACCCGACACUAGCGGCGGCGGAUAAGUUGUUUGGCGACUGGGUGUCCAGCCAGCAGGCGGCGGCAGCGCAACAGAACACGGGCACGUCCCAGUCCCAGCAGCACGAGGAGACGCCUCAGUCGGCAUCCCAAUCACAGCAGCAGCAACAGAAGCAAGCGUUGCAGCAGCCUCGCUCACAGCCCACCCAGAUGAUACUGCGCGGAUACCGGUCCACGACGCAGCAGUACGCGGCCAUUGCACACUACGAGACCCUAGCAGGCGUCAUCCUCGAAGACUACCCGCGAGAGCCGCCUGUCUCGCAGCGGCGGUACAAGUCACAGCUGCGUGACCCGGCUUACACUCGCCAAAGGACGUUGUCACGCGAGGAGCUGACCCUUGUCAACUGCGCCGACGCGGGCGAGCACUGGGUCAAGGUGACGUUUGAGAGCUCCGACGCCGCCGAGACAGCCAUGUACGCCAGCCCCCAACGCAUCCUGGGACACCUAGUCUAUGCCGAGCCCUACCGCGGCCUGCCGCCCGCCAGGGACGAGGCGUGCCCAGACCUCGACGGCCUGAUGGACGACGAGAUGGACACCCGGUCCAAGAGCGUCCCGGCCGCCUUUGGCGCCACGCCAAAGAGGACGGGGAGCACCAGCGGCCCCACCUCGUGGCACAGCCGCCUCAUCGACAACCAGAACUCACCGUCCAACUCUAGCCAGACACUCGAGACUGGGACCAUUAGUAGCGCCACGGCCACGGAGCCCCUAGGUCUAGGCCCCAUGAUGAACCUACCAACCGGCGGUGCCGCUGCUUCCUCAUCAGCCAUCAAGCCCAUGGAGAUCGAAGAUGACAUCUUCUGCCGUCGCAUCCCCACUGCCCGCAGGGCCCAGCUCCUUCCUGCCGAGCAGGCCUUGCGGCCGCAACAGUCGGUGAUGCAGCGCUUCGUCAGCGCCGUUCCCUUCCUCGGCUGGUUCGGCGGCAGCAUAAUCGGCAACGAGGUGCCGCGUACCGAGACAGGCGAGUUUGACUGGAACCGUGCCAGCUUGUACUGGAAGAUAAUCUGGUGGCUCGACAUCACCUUUGGGCUCUUCAAGGGUGAUGUUAGCAGCUUUGACAAGGAUGACUAA